UGAAUUAACUAACCGCAGCUCGCCUCCAUCUUCUUCACCCAAUCCCUGCAAUUUCCUCGAUCCUCACCACAGAAUUCGAAGAUCUACAAUUCCACCUCAAAAUCGAAGAACACGCGUUGCUAAUUGCCUGAUUCAGUAAUCAAAUCGCAUGGCGCAGCAAUACACGCAGCAGUUCCUCAACACCGCGCUCUCGCAGCGCGGCCCGGCGGCGCUGCCCUACGCCGAGGAGACGAAGUGGCGCAUCCGCCAGCACCUGAUGCAGCUCGUGGAAUCCUACCCCUCCCUGCACCCGAAGACCGCCGUCUUCACCCACAACGACGGCCGCGCCGUCACCCUCCUCCAGGCCGACGGCACCGUCCCCAUCUCCUUCCACGGCGCCUCCUACAACAUCCCCGUCCUCAUCUGGCUCGUGGAAUCCUACCCUAGCCGCGCGCCCCUCGUCUUCGUCAACCCCACGCGCGACAUGAUCAUUAAGCGCCCCCACCCCUUCGUCUCCCCCAACGGCGUCGUCUCCAUCCCCUACCUCCACUCCUGGCUCUUCCCCUCCUCCAAUUUGCUCGAAUUGGCCACCAAUCUCGCCCAAUUCUUCGCCAGCGAUCCGCCGCUUUAUUCGCAGCGCAAGCCGAACCCUAACCCUAGCCCUAAUUUGAAUUCCGGCAUGAACCCUAACCCUAAGCCUAAUUUGAAUUCCGGCUACGGGAGUGGCAGGAUGGAGGAUCCGGCGGAGGUGUUUAAGAAGGACGCGAUUAACAAGCUGGUUAGGGAUUUGAAUGGUGAUGUUAGGGAUAUGAGGAAGGGGAGCGAGGGGCAGAUGGAAGGCAUGCUCGGGGUGCAGGCGGUGCUGCGGCGGCGCGAGGAGGAGCUGAGGAGAGGGGUGAAGGAAAUGGUGGAUGAGAAGGAGGCGUUGGAGCAGCAGCUGCAGGUGGUUUUGAUGAACGCGGAUGUUCUGGAAGGGUGGGUGAGGGAUAACGAAGGGAAAUUGGAGGGUGGUAACGUUGAGAGUGUCGAUUUGGAUGAGGCGUUUGUUCUGUGUGAUGCGUUGUCGAAGCAGAGGUUGGAUUGCGCAGCUUCGGAUAUGGCGGUGGAGGAUACUGUGUAUGCAUUGGAUAAGGCUGUGCAAGAAGGGGUGAUGCCAUUUGAUCAGUACUUGAGGAAUGUGAGGCUUUUAUCGCGUGAGCAGUUCUUUCAUCGUGCCACAGCUUCGAAGGUUAGAGCUGUUCAAAUGCAGGCUCAGGUUGCUAGUAUGGCUUCGAGGACGUCGCUGCAAUAUGCUUGCUGAUGAGGCCAGUUCAGGUAUGGUGGUGAUGAAAUGGCUCUAUGGAUUAUACUAUGCUUUACACUCAGUUCUUGUGUACAUAUUACUGCAUUUGACUACUCAAUUGGAUGUUGUUAGAAAGCAGAACUUGCGUUGGUUUGUAGUUUUGAUGUGCAGUUCAAACAAAAUGAAUAUACAACACGAUAUAUUCGUGCAUUUUUGUAAGGUUGCUUUUAGUCUUGUGUCCGCUGUUGUGUAAAGUUGUGAUUUUGAGCCACAUGAUGAAAUUGAAUUGUUAUUCGGUA